CCAUCUUCAUCUUUUGCUCAAUUACACAGCACAAGUUCAAUUGCUUCAGACUAUUAGCGGGGUAUCGCUAAAUUCCGAGGCAUUCCGAAUCAUAACAACAUAACACACACAUACUAUCGUCAUGGUCACAAUCACAGGCGCCGAGACAAGGGAUGUGCGGUUUCCGACAUCCCUCGAUAAGACUGGCUCUGAUGCCAUGAACGCUGCGGGAGACUACUCUUCAGCCUAUUGCAUCCUACAUACUGACUCAGAUCUAAAAGGUCACGGCAUGACUUUCACAAUCGGUCGUGGAAACGAAAUAGUAUGCACAGCCAUUGCGCACCUUGCAGACCGUAUCAAAGGACACACUCUCGACUCGCUGGUCGCCAACUGGGGCAAAACAUGGCGCCAUCUUGUAAACGACUCUCAACUGCGGUGGAUUGGCCCCGAAAAGGGUGUCAUUCACCUUGCUCUCGGCGCCGUGGUCAACGCCAUCUGGGACCUGUGGGCCAAAUCGCUGGGCAAGCCCGUCUGGCGCAUAGUAGCAGACAUGACCCCACAGCAAAUCGUCGACCUAAUCGACUUCCGCUACAUUACCGAUGCCCUGACCCCAGAGGAGGCCUUGGAGAUUCUCACAAAAGCCGAAGCCGGCAAGAAAGAGCGACUGCAAGAAGCUCUCGAUAGCCGUGCUGUGCCUGCCUACACCACCUCUGCCGGAUGGCUGGGCUACGGCGAGGACAAGAUGCGUGGACUGCUGCAGGACACGCUAUCCAAGGGCUACAAGCACUUCAAGCUCAAGGUUGGAAGCAAUAUUGCCCAGGACAAGCAGAGACUGAGCAUCGCACGAGAGAUUAUCGGCUUUGACAAGGGCAACGUGCUCAUGGUGGACGCAAAUCAAGUGUGGAGUGUACCCGAGGCGAUUGAGUACAUGAAGGAGCUGAAGGAGUUCAAGCCGUGGUUCAUCGAGGAGCCUACCAGCCCCGACGAUGUCCUCGGCCACAAAGCCAUCCGCGAAGCCCUCAAGCCUUACAACAUUGGCGUUGCCACGGGCGAAAUGUGUCAGAACCGCGUCAUGUUCAAGCAGUUCCUCGCCUCGGGCGCAAUCGACAUCUGCCAGAUCGACGCGUGCCGUCUCGGCGGUGUAAACGAAGUCAUUGCCGUGCUUCUCAUGGCCGCCAAGUUCAACAUCCCCAUUGUCCCCCACUCGGGCGGUGUCGGUCUGCCAGAGUACACGCAGCAUCUUUCCACUAUUGACUACGUUGUCGUCAGUGGCAAGAAGAGUGUCUUGGAGUACGUCGACCAUCUCCACGAGCACUUCUUCCACCCCAGCCGCAUCGAGAAUGGAUACUAUGUCACUCCCAUGGACCCUGGUUACUCGGUCGAGAUGAAGCCCGAGAGCAUGGACAAGUUCAGCUUCCCUGGUGGAAAGGACGGCUGGUGGCAGUCUGACGAGGCGAAGCCUAUUCUGGAGGGUAUCAAGAUCUAGUGUGAUGUCUAACAUUGAUUUUUUUUCUUCUAAAAGUAAUUAAGAGUUUUGUCUGAUUUGGGUGC